AUGGACCACUUCAACGCCACUGUCCACAAUGGGAAUCUUGUCUCAACGCGGAGGGGGCUCCAAGUCUCCAAGUCGAAACACCAGGGAACCCAGUUCAUCAAUACUUCCGCGGCUUCGGGCUCAAGCCACGAGGAACCUACUGCUUCAGACCCCUCGCGACCACUGGACCAGAAAUACAAGUUCUUGAGCCAACAAAAGGAGCCCCGCAGAAGCGUGUCAAAACGCGGCAAGAGUUCUCCUAACUCGUCGGAUGAUGAAAAGUACCGGGUGCGCAAAGCCAGGGCAUCGAAGAAAGCCCAAGAGCCCGGCUUCGUCAUGGAGAUCUCGGCACAGCAGGGAACCGUCGAGGCUGCCAUUUUUGACGACACGUGGCGCAUUCCCCGGAGCCCCAUCCCAUGGCUGGCCUCGUGGAUGGGGAAUCUUUCCGAGAGGGAGAAUUGUCUCGUACAACUCUACCUCAAGCUGGCCCCGACGAAGAUGUACCCGUGCGAGCAGAUUCUCGAAUACAAUCCGGUUCGAGGGUCUGCUUUCAUCGAAAGAAUCAAGUCCAGCGAGACGAGCCUGAAUGCCGUGCUCAUGACGGCCUGCUACGCGGAGAUGUUUCUACAGGGCGAAUGGUCAUCUCCAGAGUUGCUGUACCACGUCUCCAAGGUGUGUAGCCUGGUUAAUGACAGGCUUUCAGACCGCACCAAGAGAGAUUUCGACCAAGGGAUGCUUGAAUGUGUUGCUCAGUUAGCCAUCACGGGUUGGAACGUGGGAAGAUAUGAUCAUUGGAAGGUUCACAUGCAGGGUCUUAAGCACAUGAUCGAACUAGAAGGGGGGAUGAAGAGGGAAUGGAACUACCUCCUAAACAUGAUACGAAGGCAAGUCACCCUGUGGGCCGUCUACCUGGGCCUCUUACCGUACCUUGAUUAUCCCAGGUUCUUCAAUGCAACUACGGAUGCACUGCCGGAUCAGGUUCGCACGAGAAUUGUCAAUGAAAUGUCCAACAUUCUCUACCAGUGCGGGCUUCAGUCAUACCUCGCCAAUGCCAUGAUAUCAACAGCUCUGUUCGCGGGCGUGCUGCGCCUGGCGUUCGCGAGCCCCAACCGGGAAGUUCUUCUCAACCCAGAAGCCUUUAUUGAAGAAUGGCUUUGGUGUGAGUACCAGCUUGUUUUGUACGGCGGGGCACUCCGUGAGGAUUGCCUCAACGACUCUCUGGGGGAGCUCGACGAGCUCACCGUCGCCGCCGACCUCGGGAACUCCGAAGCCGUCGCCGCGGCCAUGGUGCGCAGUCUAUACAAGACCAAACCGGUGCCUUCUCCUGCGGAGAAUCUUCUCGAGCCGGUGCUGCGCACGGCUGCGAUUGUAUACCUUGAGACGAUUGUACCAGACGAGCCGCGCAAUCCGAUGGUUUACUCCGUGCCCCUGAACCUCCUCUCAGCGUCGGUGCACAAGAUCACGCAAAAGCUACAAGAACGGCAGUCUAAGGAAGCAGAUGACGGCGAAGGUGAUUUCGACGACGGCUUGCCGUCCAUGGAGGCCCUGAGACCGGUCAUGAUAUGGGCAUGUCUGGUGGGGUCCGUCAUGUCCAAGCUCUGCGAGAUGGAUCUGGUCACAAUGGGUAUCCUCUUUGAUCGCGGCUACUAUGGGCAGUGUCUGUCCCUCGUCAUUGGGCCCGAGCCCGAGCAUGUCGAUCGCCUCACCGAGAAGGACCUUGCUCUCUGCAAACUCCUAGACGCGAGAGGUCUGCGAAUCCGGCAACAAGACGAGCGUGGUCUUCUCAGGGCUCUGCUGAGGGAGCAUGCGUACGGAUGCCCUCUGUUAGACUUGGCGUAUGUGUAA